CUUUCUGAUUGGUCAAGACGCAAUGCGAGAUUUCGCAUAUGUAGGAGCAGGUGGCGGCACUGAUCAAUCCGUCAGUCAGUCAGACGCCAAGGAAAAAAUGGCGGACUGCGAGAAGGAGGAAGCGCACAAUCUCCAAAUGGAGUUCGAAUGGGUGCUUCGCGAGGAAGUACACUCCUCGCUGUCGCAGCUCAAGAACAUACUAAUGGAUUGUGCCCAGCGAUUUCCACUGACACUUUUCGGUAACGAUCAACAUAACAAAACUGACAGAUUUGUGUUCGCAGCUGCACACGAUCAAGUCAAGUGUGUCGCUGUUCUCACUGGCGACAGUAUUACAAAUGCGGAAGUGAAUUUUAAAGUACAGCGCCAACAAAAUGUAAAUAUGAGGACAAGUAUUCAAAAUGAACAUCCAUGGAAGUUACAACAAAUUCAAGAUGCCGCCAACCACUUACAACAAGCCAUUGCCCAUAUAGAUAAUGUAGACAGACAUUAUCUUUUUAAAACAUCAGAUGAAGUCAUGCAUGUUCUAGGCAAUAUCUUGGGUUGUCUUCAAAGGAGCAGAACCAGCUUAAUCGUUCCUAGAAAGAAGACGAUCGAUGAUCUUAUUAAGAGUCGAAAUAUGAAAUCUCUUAAUCCGAACCUACCAGAAAAUCUGGCCAUUAGUUUUUAUAUCCAAAGCUACAAACUGGUUUUAGCAGUUUAUCAGUUAGAAAACGCUCAUGGCAGUGUUAAGUAUGAAACGCAGCAGGCAGAGUGCAGCGUGCCAUGGCUGAACGACGCCCUUGUACUGCUUACCAUCGCGUUACAGCUCUGUCAACGACUGAAAGAUAAGAUAUGCGUUUUCUCCCAAUAUAAAGAUUUUACGGUAGGUUCUCGUGUUCCUUCAGUAUUGGGCUGAUAACCUAAGAAAUUUCAUGUAUUUGAAACGCGGAACUCUUGAUAUAUAAGAUGGUGCUACGUGCAAGUGGAGAAUUUUGGCCUCAACUGUAACACUUGCCCUGGCCUUCUCGUUUCUACAUAUGUUAAUUGUUCCUCUCUCGUCGUAUGUCUCAUUGCAUACUCUCAUUACAUAACUAGAAUGUUAUUGUAGAAUUUCUAAAGGUUAUUACAGCGUGCGCCUAGUGAAGCGAUAUGUAUCGUGUUCUUUUAGUUAAAUUCAAAUAUCGGAUCAAAUACACGGGUAUAUGAGACAAAUGGAUAAUAAUAAUAAUAAUAAUAAUAUAAUAAUA